AUGAUAAAGAAUGGAGUUUUUCCACUGGGGUCUAAUAUAGACCAGAACCUAGCAGCCUAUGUGGAUAUACAGUGGACAGUGAAAGGUGGGGACAACAUAUCAACUGCCAAGCAACCUGCUGACAUUGGCUACAAGACCUUCUUUACCUCCAUGAUGCUCUUCGCUGUACAUGGGGACUACUUGUGCAGUACCCAAGCCUACCACUAUCUCCAGUGGCACUGCUCCCAAUGCCAGGCUGCAGAAGAACAGGAGACCUCAGGAGUCCUGUAG